UUCCCCUAAAAAACAUCAAAGUAGCUUUAAAUGCUCCGUUACAUAAUCUCUAUCUCUUUCCAAGAAUAUAGAGAAAGAAAAAUAAUAUAGACGAAGCUAGCUUAGCUUAGCCUGUAUAUAUCAUCAUCUUAGUGAUCAAAGGCACCGUCAUCACCAAGAAAGAGAGAAGACCAACAUAAUUAUAGAGAUCGAAGAUCAAAUCUAUCUCUCUUCAUCAUCAUUCUUCUUCUGCUAGCUGUUACUAUCACACGCUCAAACAUCAUCAUCCUUAAAAAAAACUUGUUCAUCAAAUGCAAGGUCAUCACCAGAACCAUCACCAACACUUAUCAUCAGCCUCUGCCACGUCCUCUUCCCAUGGAAAUUUCAUGAACAAAGAUGGGUAUGAUAUUGGAGAGAUAGACCCAUCACUCUUCCUCUAUCUUGAUGGACAAGGACAUCAUGAUCCUCCAUCAACUGCUCCUUCUUCUUUACCUCAUCAUUAUCAUCACACAACUCAGAAUUUGGCGAUGAGACCUCCAACAUCGACACUCAACAUCUUCCCAUCUCAGCCGAUGCACAUAGAGCCACCUCCUUCUUCUACACCCAAUACCGAUAAUGCAAGAUUAGUUCCGGCUGCUCAACCUAGUGGUUCGACUCGACCAUCUUCUGAGCCGUCCAUGGAUUUGACCAAUCAUUCUCAGUUUCAACCUCCUCCUCAAGCUUCUAAAUCCAUCAAGAAGGAAGGGAACCGCAAGGGUCCUGCCUCAUCGGACCAUGACAUACCAAAAUCGUCAGACCCUAAAGUGAGUGUUCAUACAACUCCUGAAAUUUUUAACUUUUUGGAGUUUCAUAUUUUCUUUAUUAAUUUAAUCUCUCAACAGACAUUGAGAAGACUAGCACAAAACAGAGAAGCAGCAAGAAAAAGUAGAUUACGUAAAAAGGCUUACGUUCAGCAACUCGAGUCAUGUAGGAUCAAACUGACCCAACUAGAACAAGAGAUUCAACGUGCCAGAUCCCAAGGCGUAUUCUUUGGAGGGUCUCUUAUAGGAGGAGAUCAACAGCAAGGUGGACUACCCAUUGGCUCUGGCAGCAUCAGCUCCGCAGAAGCAGCGGUGUUCGAUAUGGAAUAUGCAAGGUGGCUAGAGGAGCAGCAGAGGCUGUUAACAGAACUGAGGGUGGCGACACAAGAGCACUUGGCCGAGAACGAGCUUAGGAUGUUUGUGGACACUUGUUUAGCUCAUUAUGACCAUUUGAUCAACCUCAAAGCUAUGGUUGCUAAGACUGAUGUCUUCCACCUCAUUUCUGGAGCCUGGAAAACUCCAGCUGAGCGUUGCUUCUUAUGGAUGGGUGGUUUCCGUCCAUCAGAGAUCAUUAAGGUGAUUGUGAACCAAAUAGAACCAUUGACGGAGCAGCAAAUAGUAGGGAUUUGUGGGCUGCAACAGUCAACACAAGAGGCCGAGGAGGCUCUCUCGCAAGGCCUCGAGGCAUUGAACCAAUCGCUUUCCGACAGUAUUGUCUCGGACUCUCUCUCGCCUGCAUCCGCACCACUUCCUCCUCAUCUAUCCAAUUUCAUGUCACACAUGUCCUUAGCUCUCAACAAGCUCUCUGCUCUCGAGGGCUUCGUUCUCCAGGCGGAUAAUCUGAGGCAUCAAACGAUCCAUAGGCUGAAUCAAUUAUUAACGACCCGUCAAGAAGCACGGUGCCUUCUAGCAGUUGCGGAGUACUUUCACCGUCUCCAAGCUCUAAGUUCUCUCUGGCUAGCCCGUCCUCGACAAGACGGAUGAUACUUCAACAACUGAUCAUGAAGCAAAACCAAAAAAUGAAAACAAGAGAAUAGGUUGAUUAGUUAGCCAGCUUUGACCUCCUUAUAAUAUAUAUAUUGUCUCUCUACUCAAAUACAGCACAAUUAGGGAAAAUUGCUUGGGCUUCUUUUGUUAUAUUAUGAUUCUUAAUAUAUAUGUUUUUGAUAAAGAUGAUAGAAAACUAUUUCCAUACCUU